UUUGGCUCAUAGCUUUAUCCUGAAUUUUACACCCAUGUCAAAAAUAGAAGGAGAAUUUGAGCCAAAGUUAUGGACUGAGCUCAUAUCUGAUCUACUUGUCAUAAUCGAAACUGAAUAUCAUAAGGAAAUUGAAUCUAUUUGCAAUUACCUAUUUAGUCCUCUUUGUAAAAAA